AUGUUUUCCACACGACCGAAGAAACAACUGGACAGCAAGCGUUUGCGAAACUCGCUACGUGAAAACCUGUUGAAAUGGGUAAGUUCAAGCAAAUAUUGUUUGAAGAAUGUUGAUUAUUAUGGGUAUGUUCAAUCAGUAACGAGAGUUGACAAUCACGCUACGUUUAUCGACACUGUGAUGUCUUCUAUUCCAUUAUAACGUAGUUCAAACACUUACUAAGCGUUUAUCUGCAGCUAGAAGUGUUCUCUGUAGUAAAUUAACAAUUGAUUAUUCUGCAGACCAUUCCACAUGGUCUCAACUAAUUAUCUCACAUUUCCUUAACAGCUCAAUCAUGAUACACAUGGUCUUGCUUGUCGCGCCAUCUGGAGAGUGUCAGACGAAGACAGGGAGUUGGCAAAAAAUCAGAUUUGUUCAAAGAGAUUACAACUCGACGACCAAAUUAUUGCCAUGGAUGGGGUCCAAUUUUUCAUAUCGUGCAUAACGAUGGUUCAAACAAACGCCAGUCGACCAAAGUCGGACGAGGACGACGAGGACGAUGAGCCUGCCAGUCGUGGUCCAACAAUUUUUCCAGGUGUGGCAUACUUCGUUGUUUUCCGCGAGACAUCAAAGUGCACGAAGGAGACAAUAUUCGCCGCACUUCACGAUGCCGAUAUGGAACCAACAAUAACCGAAAUCAAGACACGCAAUACCAUAGGUUUGACACAGGUUGAAACAGCAGUGUGCAAGAUCGCUCAGGUUGUUAAAGACCAUAACAACGCCGCAACGAAAAACAUGGUGAUUGCAUCCAACCACUUUUGUCGUUCGGUAUGUCGUGCAAGAGAAAUAGAGGACGAGGACGAAAACAUCAAUCGACGAAAUACGAACGCCCAAAUACCUUGUCGGCUUGUUGUCGUUCAACAAGAUUCCUAUGGUGGACCACUCAGUGAGGCUCACGCUGCACUAACUUCAGACGGGUUGGAGUGCGAGUUAGAAAUCAUCUCGAGGCCAACACAAAGCAACAAAGUGAUAACGGCACCGAGCGACAUAACGGCCACAAUACGCGAGAUUGAACUCGUGAUGAUGCGGUGCCAUCAUGCACUCCAUCGUGGAUUCGUGUACGGCAAACCAAUGGAAGCAACCUUGACGUACGUCAAAAUGAUGGACGUUAAAACGUACGUCAAUAAAUUACUUACAAACGAUGCGUUACGAGAGAAGAUCAUCAAGCACAUGUCUCGCAUCGUACAACUGCUAUCGCAUCCCGGUUGCGAAAUCAUCAGCCAAAUCGAAUUCGAUCCCGAUUACAUCGAAGUUAGUGGCGGACAGUUUUUUCAAAUCUCGACGCGCUCGUUUACGGAAUGCCCACCACGGAUGCCUUUGGGGAAAAUUUCGCCUCGUACGUAUAUUCCAUACGACAGCACAACGCCACCACAGCCGCUGUAUUUUAAGAACGGCAUAGUCAAUUCGUUUCCAGAUCUGGACGUACGGGACCGCGUUUCUCAAUAA